AUGGAUCAAGUUCCACCCGAAAUUCCCACAUGUGAGGAACUUAUACAACGUUACUUCAAGAGAGGGUUCAACUAUCAGAAAAUUCUCUCAUUUUUAUCGAAAUACCAUGACAUUGAAAUGUCUCUAAGGACAUUGCAUACAAAACUUCGUGACCUAGGUCUUAAAAGGAAAAACAUUAAUUACAAUAUUGAUCACGUCCGCCGUCGUAUACAGCAAGAACUGGACGGUCCUGGUUGCUCUGGUGGGUACCGUGCUGUCUGGCACACAUUAAAAAUGGAAGGUAUUCAGGUGCCAAGAGAAGUUGUUCGUUUAGUCCUGAAGGAACUUGACCCUGAAGGUGUGUCAGAAAGAAGAUCUAAGACACUUCGUCGUCGAGUUUAUCACACACCAGGCCCUAACCAUUCAUGGCAUGUCGAUGGAUACGAUAAACUGAAACCUUAUGGUUUUCCUGUGCAUGGAUGCAUAGAUGGUUACAGUCGCAAAGUGCUGUGGUUAAAGGUUUGUAGGACAAACAAUGAUCCAGCCAUCACUGGACAACACUUUCUAAAUGCUGUUAGAGAAUAUGGGGGAUGUCCAACUAUACUACGAACUGACAAUGGUACAGAAAAUGUUGUUAUGGCUGCUAUGCAGUCAUACUUUCGAUGCAAUGGGGACGAUGAAUAUGCUGGUGAAAAAGCACACAGAUAUGGUACAUCACCAUCAAAUCAACGCAUUGAAUGUUGGUGGUCAUAUUUACGUAAAAACCGCUCAAAUUGACCAUUUGCGUAAUAGACUAAAUUUUGAUCUAAACAAGUCUAGACAAAAAUUUCAUAACAGCUUGAAAGAGCAUCACAAAAUUAGUAAUAUUCCAAAGUUUCGUUGCGAAAUGUUGUAAAACGCGGAAAAUAUAGCCUUGCGAAAUUUGCAAUUUGCAGUCAUUUUAGAUUACAAACGGGAAAUUGACAGCCUCGAAGGGUUCGAGGCUGUCAAUUUCCCGUUUGUAAUCUAAAAUUACUGAAAAUCACAAAUUUCGCAAGGCUAUAUUUUCCGCAUUUUACAACAUUUCGCAACGAAACUUCGGAAUAUUACUAAUUUUGUGAUGCUCUUUCAAGCUAUGAUGAAAUUUUUGUCAAUAUCAAAAUUUAGUCUAUUACGCAAAUGGUCAAUUGGUGGAUUAUUUUUUUUAAAGAUCUUGUCGAAGCAGGUCAUCUUAGUUUAUCCAAUCAGCUACAGAAAGCGUGCUUGUGGUAUUGUUUCCAUCAACUUCUACAAGAAGAUCUAUCUUCAGUUCAGCUGCACUGGAAUUCUCAUUACAUUCGAAAGUCAAGAUUUGAUACUAUUUCCGGGAGACCAGACGAGUUAUACUUUCUUCCCGAGUGCUCAGGUGGUAGAAAUUACAUAAAAUCUGUCACAGAUGAACAAUUUGAUGAUAUGUCUCAGUAUUGCCAUGAAUAUAAUGAAGACAAUUUGUAUCAGGAAUACUUUGGUGAGAUUUUCGAGCAACUUCAUUUAGGUGAACCAACGAAUUGGAGAGAAUGUUUGGAUCAAUAUAACAG